CAGUGCGGACGUGUUUUUCUCGCUUUCCUCCGCUUUUCACGCUUAAUGCGGCCAAAAACUGCAAAACGGUAAAAUCCAAAAAAAAAAUUAAAUAACAAUAAAAAGAAAAUAAUUAAAAAACCUCUAGCCUAAAAGUGAAACCAAGCCAAUUAAACAAACAAAACGAAAUCAAUUGCCAAACCACCUAAACGAAGAAUAAGUGAAAAUUUGCUUAACGCUCUAAAAGUGCAUUUAAGUCAUAAAUAACUACGAUAAUAUAUAUAUUUAACAUCCAAUCUGAAGUUGGUUAAAUCUGAUAUUUAUAAAAGCUUGGUGUUUAUACCUUGCGCUAAUGAGCAAGCCGCUUAGAGUAAAUCGAUAAUGAAUUUAAAAAUAAAUCAAUUAAUCUCCGUACAUUUAUACAACCAAACACUGCCAAUGUGAGCCCAUCUAUUUAAAAACGAGAAUAACCAACCUGAAGAUAGCCGAAAACAAUAGUUAACCAGCAUUUAAACGGUCUUCAGAGUAUUUGCAACUGAAACUGUGACAGUAACCAACGGUAACUGGGUCAGUAGGCAGAGCCAAAGUAACGCCCCUCCUCAUCGAGGGCUUUACCACCCUCCACCCACCACUUUCAUCCUUCUUCUUCGGCUCCAGCUUUUCAGCGUGACCUUGGACCAUGAACUCCUCCAGCGGCGAUGAUGAGGCGCCGAAGGAUCCGCGCACUGGCGGCGAGGAUUUUACGCAACAAUUUACAGAGAACGAUUUCGAGGGACAUCGGGCCCACACCGUUUAUGUGGGCGUCCAUGUGCCAGGAGGACGACGCCACUCGCAGAGGCGCCGCAAGCACCACCACAGUGGCCCCGGAGGGGGUGGCACGGGGGCCACGGGCGGAGGUGGCUCCAUCGGCGGAUCCGGAAGCGUGGGCGGUGGUGCGGGCAAGGACAACAUCAGCGAGAAACAACAGGAAGUGGAGCGACCAGUGACUCCCCCGGCCCAGCGAGUUCAGUUCAUACUGGGCGAAGAUGUGGACGACGGCACACAUGUAUCGCAUCCCCUGUUCUCCGAAAUGGGGAUGUUGGUGAAGGAGGGCGACGAGAUCGAGUGGAAGGAGACAGCGCGAUGGAUCAAAUUCGAGGAGGAUGUGGAGGAGGGUGGCAAUCGGUGGUCGAAGCCCCACGUGGCCACCCUCUCGCUUCACUCGCUUUUCGAGCUGCGCCGCCUGCUGGUCAACGGCAGUGUAAUGCUGGACAUGGAGGCCCACAACCUGGAGGUGAUGGCCGAUCUGGUCUGCGAUCACAUGGUCAGCGCGGGAGCCCUGCCACCGGGGGUCAAGGACAAGGUCAAGGACGCCCUCCUGCGCCGCCAUCGCCAUCAGCACGAGUAUGCCAAGAAGACGCGACUGCCGAUUAUUCGAUCGUUGGCCGAUAUGCGUAAUCACUCGUCAUCGAAAAUUGAAGAGCACUCUGGCAAUUUAUUGGGGGCCACAACGCCGAUUUCCCUAACGGCCAGCGAACCGGGACCGCCCGGAUCCAAUGGAAAUCAAAAUCUAAGCACCGCUACCGGCGGAAUGGGUCGUUUUCUAACGGUGCCCAGUGGAAAAACCAGCAACAGAGCGCUCGAGGACAUGGUCAAGAGUCCAAGUAACCAAUCGAUGGCCCGCCCGGGAAGUGGAUCCGAGCUGAGUGAGCAGCAGCACAAGGGCAACACCCACUUCAUGCGGAAGAUUCCGCCGGGAGCGGAGGCCAGCAACAUCCUGGUUGGCGAGGUGGACUUCCUGGAGCGAACCCUGUCCUGCUUCAUCCGGUUGAGCCAGGCGGUCGUCCUGGGCGAUCUCACCGAGGUGCCCGUGCCCACAAGAUUUGUAUUUAUCCUGCUUGGUCCGCCUGGCAGUCAGAGCAACUUCCACGAGAUCGGCCGGGCAAUGGCCACGCUGAUGUCCGACGAGAUCUUCCACGAGGUUGCCUACCGAGCACGCAAGCGGGACCAUUUGUUGUCCGGGGUGGACGAGUUCCUGGACGCGGUCACCGUAUUGCCGCCCGGCGAGUGGGAUCCCACCAUUCGGAUUGAGCCACCGGCGGCCGUUCCCUCGCAGGAGGUGCGUAAACGUCCGCCGGAGUUGCCCAAGGAGGAGGUGGACGAGGAGGAGGAGGAGGCACGCCUACGGGAGGAGAACGGGCUGUCCCGGACGGGUCGACUCUUUGGAGGACUCAUCAACGACAUCAAGAGGAAGGCACCGUGGUACAUUAGCGACUACAAGGACGCCCUAUCCAUGCAGUGCAUCGCCUCCUGGAUCUUCCUGUACUUCGCCUGCCUCUCCCCGAUCAUCACCUUCGGAGGUCUGCUGGCCGAGGCCACUGGCAAGCACAUGGCUGCGAUGGAGUCGCUGGUGUCCGGGUUCGUUUGUGGCAUGGGCUAUGGCUUCUUUUCGGGUCAGCCGCUGACAAUUCUCGGGUCCACCGGUCCAGUCCUGGUCUUCGAGUCAAUUAUCUACGAGUUCUGUCUGAAGAUGGGCUGGGAAUAUAUGACCUUCCGGUUCUGGAUCGGCAUGUGGGUCGCCGGCAUUUGCAUCGUCUUGACCGCGAUUGAUGCCAGUGCCCUCGUUUGCUACAUCACCCGCUUCACCGAGGAGAAUUUCGCUACCCUGAUCGCGUUCAUCUUUAUCUACAAGGCCAUCGAGAAUGUGAUGGUAAUCGGCAAGAAUUUCCCCGUCAAUCAGGGGAUAUACGACUGUAUCUGUACACCGCCAAUCGGGAGCAAUGCCAGUGUGAUCGAUUAUGCCAAAUACAAUUGGGAUUAUUGUGAGUCCUACAAUGGCACUUUGGUUGGCGGAGAUUGUGGCAAACCGCCCACCGAGAACGUUUUCCUAAUGUCGGUGGUACUCUGCGCUGGCACCUUCAUCAUCUCCACCCUGCUGAAGGAGUUCAAGAACGCCCUCUUCUUCCCCUCCAUCGUUCGGCAGUACAUCAGUGACUUUUCCGUGCUGAUCGCGAUAUUCGCCAUGAGUUUCUUCGAUUAUUCCCUGGGAGUUCCCACCCAGAAACUGGAGGUGCCCAACGAGCUGAAGCCCACGCUGAGCACCAGAGGCUGGCUCAUCCCGCCGUUCUCCGAAAGGAACCCCUGGUGGUCGCCAAUCAUCGCCGUAUUCCCCGCCCUGCUUGGCACUAUCCUGAUCUUCAUGGAUCAACAGAUCACCGCUGUCAUCGUGAAUCGCAAGGAGAACAAACUGAAGAAGGGCUGUGGCUACCAUCUGGACCUGUUUAUCCUCUCCAUUCUGAUUGCCAUUUGCAGCAUGAUGGGCCUGCCUUGGUUCGUCGCUGCCACCGUGCUGAGCAUCAACCACGUGAACUCGCUGAAACUGGAAUCGGAGUGCUCGGCCCCUGGCGAGAAGCCACAGUUCCUGGGAGUGCGCGAGCAGCGGGUGACGCACAUCAUGAUCUUCUUGACCAUCGGCGGCUCCGUGCUCCUGACCCCGCUGCUCGGCCACAUUCCCAUGCCGGUCCUGUUCGGCGUCUUUCUUUAUAUGGGCGUGGCCUCGCUCAAGGGUCUGCAGUUCUUUGAUCGCAUACUGAUUAUGUUCAUGCCGGCCAAGUACCAGCCGGACUAUAUGUUCCUGCGCCAGGUUCCCAUUAAGCGCGUCCACCUGUUCACCAUUAUUCAGCUGGCCUGUCUCAUUAUUCUCUGGCUGAUCAAGUCCUUCUCGCAGACCUCCAUUCUGUUCCCCCUGAUGCUGGUGGUAAUGAUCGGCAUACGGAAGGCCCUGGAUCUGGUGUUCACCCGUCGAGAGCUGAAGAUCCUGGACGACAUUAUGCCGGAGAUGACGAAGAGGGCGGCGGCAGAUGAUCUGCAUAAACUGGACGCUGAGGACAAUCACCAUCAGCAUCACCCGGUGUCUGGUGCAGGAUCGAACUAUAAUGCCGAUAAGUCGGGUCCUACCACUAUUCACAUUCCCCUAUCGGGAAACAAGGCCGGCAACAAUGGACCUACAGUGAACAUUCCCCCGGAGGCUGUUAAUCGCACUGCGGUCUGGCAGCAGAUCAACAAGGAUGGCAACGGGAUCUCGGAGCAACUGAUCAUUCCGGUCACCCUCAAAGUUCGUCAGAUCAAUGGCAACCAUGCCUCUCCGAGUGCCGCCCUCUCGCCACGCCUCUCGCCGAUGCAUGAGGUGGAUGAGUACAGUGAAGCCCCGACAAACAGUCCGGGGCAAACCACGGGAAUCCAGCAGAAGCAGCAGCAGCAACAGCAACAACAGCAGAUCGGCAAUUGCAAGGCUGCCAAACUCGAAGGAUCGUCUUUGGCCAACAGCCAGAUCAAUCCGGCCAACAUAACACCCGUCUAAUGAUCCAGAAAACGAUAUCGAUAGCGAACAAAGCACAAAAAUCCCACAAACACAUCCAUGUAUUUCUAGUUAAACAUUCACAAACGUAUCAUAAUCACUAUUUACUAUACACCGUAGUAGUUCUCCCAGGGGACGUUUUUUGGUAAAGAUUUUUAGCUGUGCCAGUAGUGGGGUAAAACUUUGAUUUGGGGCUCAGGUACAAGUUAUACAAGUAUUACUUAUAUGAUAAAAGCAAUUAUAUGCCGUAGAAAAACAAAAAAGACAUUCCAAAUAUACACUUUCGAAACGAAUUUUAUAGAGUCAAUUCCAACGAGGAGGCGAAGAACAGAAGAACAAAAAACCAUCGGUCAGCCGAUGUUUGUCCAUUUUUCCUACUCUCCACUUUGACUUGGUUAGCUAAUGCGAAUUGUGUGUUAGAAUGGGGCUUAUUUAUCGAACUGUGAUCUGAUGGUUAUAUCUUGGGGGUGGGUUGUUUAAGGAGUGUAUCAUUUAGCCUAGCCAAGACAAAGCUGUAAACAAUUGUAUUAUAUUUUAAGUUCUACAAAAAGAAACACGCAUCCUAUCCGACACGCCCGAAAAAUAUAUACAGAAAAGAAAGUAACAUAGAAAACUAUAAAUAUUGAAUAAAAGUGGCGAACCAUUAAUAAGCCACAAGCAAACUGCGAAAACAAAAA